CGUGAUCUUGGCUAACAUGGCGGCAUGUGGAAAACGAGUGAUUUCAAUAACAUGUCUGGAUGAUGCAAAGUUUUAUGCUCUCUACUUCUCGAGGUCGAAUUACUUGCUACUUAUAUGAAGAGUAUUUUAUGUAAUACUCUCUUUAUGCCAACGAUACCUUUGGGCGCGUGGAUAGAGAGAACUUUGAGAAAGCGUGGGAGAUCUAUUAAGCGUCUGUUGUGGAAUUGGAUACCAAUUGCACGAUCUGUUUUAAACUCGAGGACGUUGCGUAAAGGAACUGUUUCGUAUGAAGACCAAAGUUUCAUCUGAUAACAACGGGGAAGGCGUCCCUCCGCAAACUACUGUUGUGACAACGACUGUUGGACAAUCCAGUGUGUGGUCGAUAUGUGAUAUAUCUACAGAUUCUCAUGUCGAGCUGCGAGACAUUACACCGUCUAUCAGUCCUGUGUUUACUGACGAUCAAGUUCACGAAUUAACGCAAAACUCUUCAGAGGUCGAUGUUCUAGGCGAACAUUUUCUCCCUCCUGAAGCUAUCAAGCAGAUCGACGAAGUCCUGAGCUCCCAGGCGCAGGGAAACUUGCUUUACAGUGAUCCAGUUCUUGGUAAUGCACUUAAACAAAACCACGAUGUCCUUUUGCCAGGUGAUCUUGGCUUUCAUGGGACCAUGUUUCCAUCAUUCGAUUCUAUUGUAGAAGCAGAUCGAAUUCUAAACAAAAGGGAUGAGUCAGCUGAUGCAAUAAGCAGUGAAGGGAAUGGUACUGCAGCUGAUGAAACAAGCUCAGCAGCUUGGUCAAAAGAUGGCACAGCAGUGAGCACACCAGGAGGUGAGAGUGGGACAGAUGGAGGUGACAGUUCUGGGACUGAGAAGGGGCCACGACGUUCCAUGCGCAAUCGUGUGCAAGUUAAGAAAGAUUCUGAGACACUAAAAACUGCAUUGCCAGCUUCUAAACCUGUAUCAAGAGGUAAAGAUAUUUCAAAGUUGAAGUAUGCAAAUAACAAAGAAGAGGCUCCGAAAAAGGAGGUAAGAAGGAGUGGGCGAAUGCAAAAAAAAGGUGACAAAGGGGAAAACAGUGCAGAUACUCAGGAAAAGGAAUCAAACGUGAACAGCGAAAAGGAAAACAUUACCAACGAUAAAGAUGCUGAUAAGGAAUCACUAGAACAGCAGGAUUCUGCAUCCAAGAAUGUGAGGAGGUUAGUAAACUAAAACGUGCUUUACAUUGUAGCUGGUGAGCAUAGAACAUUAAAAGAAAAUGUUUAUUUUGCACUUCUGAGGCCCGGCCCCAGUUUUUCAAUUGGUGGAUAAUGCUGUCCAUUGCACCACUAUCCAGUGGAUGGCACAACAUUGAUUCUCCAUCCCUUAUCAACUGGAUUGUAGUAUCCUACUUAUGAACAAUCAUAAUACAGUCAAACCCUUCUUUGUGGACCCCCGUUUAAUACGGAGCUCUUUAUUACGGACAGAUUGCUUCGUCCCUGGAGAAAAAAAGCCCUUACAUGUUCUUUAAAUUCAACCUGCUUAAUACAGACACCUUGUUACUGUAAAAUUCCAAAAAUAAGCCCCGGGGCUUAUAUUUUUCAAAGGCUUAUCUUGAGGGGCUUAUUUUUGGAGGGGCUUAUCUACAGAGGGAAAUUUGCUUUUCAAUUUCGAUUGGGCUAGCCUUACAGUUGGAAGUAAAUUUAUCGUUUUUGCUUUGUUGUACUUUGUAUUUGAGAGCUAUUUUUCAAGUACAAGCCCCCGGGGGGCUUAUAUUAAUUUUGGAGGGGUGAUUUAACGAAGGGUUUUCUGUGUUAGUGGUUUGGAGGGCUUAUAUUUGGAGGCGCUUAUACAUGGAGGGGCUUAUACAUGGAGGGGCUUAUUUUCAGAAUUUUAUGGUAAUUUGGACACUUUCUGUGGUUCCCUCAGUGUCCGUAUACAUUAAAAUGGUUUGACUGUUGUUAUUAUUGGAACUUGGUUUACAAAAUGUGGACAGUUCAGUCCAUCAGAUUACAGUAGUUCAUUUUGAAUGGAUAAGCAGCUAUGGUUUUACUGUAGAUUGAGAAUCCACUGGAGAUUGUUAUUGACCCUUUGAACAAUGCGGGGCUCAAAAUAAUUUUCAUGCACUGGCCAAACACGAUGACUGGCCAAAGAAAUGUUUGCUCUGUCAAAUCUUUUUUCUGACUGGUCAAAAUAUUGAAAAAAUAGUUAACUAAUGACAGCUUGUAAACUUAAAAGUGCCAUUUGCUUGUUCAAGUUGUUGCUAGACUGAUUGAAAAGUGGCUUCAUGGAGAAAACUGCUUAAAACUUAACCAAAGAUGGCCUAAGAUUUACGGUUGAGGAUUUGACUGUUUGUUCAAGAACAGGAGUGUGUGUGUGUGACUGUUCAACAUGACCGGUACAGCUGUAAGUUAAGUUUUGGCCGACAUCAAUGUAAAGAAAACUUUUAACUGCAAAAUUUAAGCCACAGUGGCCAUGCCAUGGAAGUAAGGGCUGGCAACUCAGGGCAACUGGGUCAAUUGCAGUGUUAAGUGAAAUGAUUGUUUGUUUUCAAGUUAAUUUAAGUUUGUUUGGUUGUUACUUGUAGGUCACCAAGGACUCAAAAGAAGUCACCAGUGGAAGAAAAAAAGAACACAUCAAGAAAACAAGAUGAUAAAAAGGAGGCCAACAUUUCAAGUGAUGGUAAAGAAUCUUGUGAAGAAAAGGCUAGUGAUAAAGAAAUUAAAUCCAAAGGAACAAAGUCCAAGGGAAGUGAAAAAACAAAUAAAAAAGGAAGUAAUGAUGAGGAUGUCACCGGGAGUGAUAAAGAUGAGAAGAAAGGAGUAAGAAAAAGUGGACGC